UCGCUCCCAUUUCACGGGAGGAAUUCCUAGACUGGAAAAUUUUUGUAUCGUAGCUUAAAACCUUUAAUGAGAUGUAUCAAAGCUACAGAUUGCCUAUCUUUUCAUUCCAUUCCACACAGCCACACCUUUUCUCAUUUGUUUUUCUGCUCUUUUCUCUCUUAGAGCAUUUAUUUGUGCGGUUAAAUCAUCAAUAUUUUUCUUCUGCUCAGUUAAGUUUACUCUUUGUUUUUGUUCCCUUGUAGGUCUAAUGGCCGAGAACAAAGUUUAUGUCACUGUUUUCUUUGGAGGUAAGUUUCAAGUUGGACCGCCAUUGGAAUACGUAGGUGGAAGGGUUGAUGUUGUCGAAAUAGGCUUAAAUAAUGGUUUACUGUCUAAUAUAAUUGAAGCUAUUGAGGCUUUGGGUGUGCGUGAAAUAGAGAAACUCUUUUACAGAGUUCCUGGAAGUACGACUCUUAAAGACGGGCUAACUCUUAGGUAUUUAUGGGAUAACUCUGAUGUGAUAGAUCUAUUUUAUCAUCAUCUGCGUUCUGAAAAUAUUGACCUAUAUGUUGAGCAUGUUGAUGAUGAAGAGACGGGAGCUGAGAUGGAAAUUGGAGGUUUGUAUAAUGUGAUUGGGAAUAUUGAUGAUGACGGGAAUCAGCUUGAGGUUGCUAAUAGGGAUCUGGAUGAGAGGGAGGAUGAUGAUGCAUGUAAUUUAGUGGAUGUGGAACAAUCAAGUGACGGUGAUGAUUUUGAACUGGUUGAUGCAAGGAGAAAAUUAAAGGAAUUUUCAGCGAGACAUAGGCUAAAAAGUGGCGCUUAUAGUGAGGUAGCUGGUACUUCCCAAACACCGGUUGUGGAUGAGGCUCAGUUGGUAGAUGCUUCUGGGUACGAAACAGAGUACCGUUAUUCAGAUGAUGAAGAAAGUCUUCAAUCAGGUUUGAAUAAUAAGGGCGAUGAGGAGGUUGAAGUUGCUAUUUCAAGGAGGAGAAGUAGGUUCCCAUCAUAUGAACAAAAUGGUACAAAUCCGGUAUUUAUUAUCGGCAUGACAUUCGAGGAUGCAACUGAAUUUAAAGAUGCAAUUUUGAGGUACUCUGUGGCUGAGCAAAGAGCAAUCAAAUAUACCAAGAACACAAAAAAAUUUGUAAGAGCCAGGUGUGCCCAGAAAAAUUGUAAUUGGAUGAUUUAUGGUGCUGUUGAUAGCAAGACAGGGUCAUUUCAUUUGAAAAAAUAUAUAGAUGAGCAUAUAUGCAGUAUCACUUUCGAGAAUAAGAGAGUGUCUAGUGUUUACUUAGCUAAACACUUCAUGAUUCUCAUUUCUGCAAUGCCUAAAAUCAAUGCACCUGAGUUGAAGAAAUUAGUUAGAGAACAGCUGGGAGUAAAUGUCACUUUGAGUCAGUGUAGGAGAACAAAGCUAAAAGUAUUGAAGGAAUUGCAAAACAAUUAUAAGGAGGGGUAUGCACAGAUGUAUGACUACUUGGGGGAGCUUUACACCUCAAGUCCUGCAAGCAAUUUUAAGAUGAAAGUUGAAAGGCCACUGCCAGAUUCUCUACCAUUAUUUGAUAGGGCUUACUUUUGCUUUGAUGCCUGCAUGAAAGGUUUUUUGGCUGGAUGUAGGAAGAUAAUUAGAUUAGAUGGAUGUUUCUUGAGGGGUUUGAUCAAGGGUGAGUUAUUGUGUGCCGUAGGGAGGGAUGCCAACAACCAAAUGUAUCCAGUGGCAUGGGCAGUGAUAAGAAUCGAGAAUAAGGACACGUGGACUUGGUUUAUCGAAUUGUUGAAAUCAGACCUUGAUAUGUGUAAUGGCAAUGGUUGGACUUUGAUAAGUGACCAACAAAAGGGUCUCGUCCCUUCCGUAGCUGAACUUUUGCCAAAUGCAGAACAUAGGAUGUGUGCAAGGCACAUAUAUUCCAAUUGGGGACAAAAAUACAAAGGAAAACAGUUGAUGAGACAAUUUUGGAAAUGUGCUAAGAGUACUAAUAUGUCAGAUUUUGAGGUUCAUAGACAGAGAUUGAAAGAAAUGACUCACCAAGGUCAUGACGAUCUAUUCCGUACCGAGCCAAAACACUGGUGCAAAGCCUUCUUUGACACCAACAUUAAAUGUGAUGUUAUUGAUAAUAAUCUCAGUAAAGCUUUCAACGGGAGGUGCGUGGAAGCUAGGUGCAAGGCCAUUUUGAGCAUGCUGGAGAAUAUUAGAAUCAUGGUUAUGAAUAGAAUGCACACUCAGAGGGAUGGAUGUGCUAGGUGGACUAGAAAUUAUGGUCCAAGGAUUGCGCAUAAGUUACAUCAGAAUACAACUGCUAGUAGUUAUUGUCAUUUGAUAUGGAAUGGAGAUGAAGGAUAUGAGAUUAUGGAAGGUGGUGACAAAUAUGUUGUUGACUUCAAUUUGAAGACUUGUUCUUGUAGAGCUUGGGAACUUAGUGGAAUUCCAUGUUGUCAUGCCAUUUGUGCGAUACACCACAAGAGAAAUGAUCCGAACGACUACCUAGCUGAGUGCUUCUACAAGGUAAAGUAUCUAAGUGCUUAUCAAUUCAUGAUGCCUAUGGUGAGAGGACAGAAAUUUUGGGAGAAAACGCUGAAAGAAGCUCCUCAACCCCCACCGAUGAAGAAGAUGCCCGGUAGGCCAAAAAGAAGUAGAAGAAAGCAACCAAUUGAGCUUGUAAAAGGUGAUAGAAUGACUAAAGAGGGUAAACGAAUGACUUGUUCUACCUGCAAUGUGGUUGGACAUAACAGCAAAGGAUGUCCUUUGAAAAAGGCCAAUGCUCAGGCCGAUGUAUGUUCAUCUAGUGCUCAUGCCAAUGCAAGUACAGCUGAAGCUCAUGCUCAAUCUCAAGCCAAUGUGUGUUCAUCUAGUGCUCAUGCCAAUGCAAGUACAGCUGAAGCUCAUGCUCAAUCUCAGGCCAAUUCCAUUGGACCAAGGCCUGACAAAAGACAAGCUAAAGCUAAAGCAACGACAAGCGUAAGUGAAGGAGGAUCCAAAGGCCAGACCAAUGCUUCUGCAGAGGCCAGUGCAAUACGAGACAAUAGUGGGCAGGCCAAUGCUUCUGCUCAGGCUAGUGCAAAUGUAAGAGGAUGCAGUGCCACUCCAUCCUCUCAUAUAGGAUGUACAGCUACCGCUGAUAUAAGAGGAUGCAGUGGUGAGGCCAAUGCUUUUGCUAAAGUCUGUUUUGAUCAAGGUGAAGGUAUUUAUAGUGCUCAAGCCAAUGUAAUUGCUCAGGAUAGACCGCAGAAAAUCCUAGUGAGUAAUACGUCAAUCCCCAUGCAUACAUGUAUUGUGAUUACAUUCUCAUGUCAAAUGAUUUUAUUUUAUUUUUUUCAGUUUAAAAGACCUGCAAUUGAAAAUGAAAUGAUGCAAGGACAAGCAUAGGCGAAGAGGAAGAAAAUGGUAGGGUUGGGUGUUGACACAAAUCGUAGGACAAACCUUCAAAUUCUCAACCCCGGCACAACUGGUGUAAGAGUAUGUAACCUACCAGACAAAGGGGUAGUUUUAGGAGCUGCUUCAAUGGCAAAGGCACAUCCCCAAGCCAGUGCACAACCUCGGCAAUUAAGAACUUGUCCUCGAAAGCAUGUUGAUGUAAAGCGAAAGGCACCAUUACAACCCAAGGCGAGUUCCCGAUCUCAGUCAUAUCAUGCUACAACAGCUCAAAAACAUCGUGUAAAGCGAACGACACCGUCACAACCCCAAGCGAGUUCUCAGCCUCAGUCAUCUCAUGCUACAAUAGCUCCUCGAAAGCAUAUUGCGGUGAAGCCAAAGCCACUAUCACAACCAUAGGCCAGUUCCCAACCUCAGUCAUCUCAGGCUACAAUAACUCCUCCAAAGCCUAUUGUUGCAGGACCAUAUAUGGAAAAGCCCAAGAAUUAUGAAUAAUGUGAAGGUCGAACCUGCUCGACCUCCAAAGACCAUAGAAUUGGAUUGACAUAUUUGCUAAAAAUGGUUUUUUUACGUGAAUUUAUGUCAAUUAUCAGCUGGUUUUUUGUAUGAGACAUGUAGCUUUGUUUGUUCGGAACUUGGCAGAUAACUUUUGGACAGCUUUUGGUCUAAGCCUAAUCAAGUUUCUAUUUUUUUAGGUGAA